GAACCUGUCGCAUUGUUUUGUAAUCCACCGCGCGGUAGCGCAGCUUUUUUCAAACUAUUUGUUUCAGCCCCGCUCUUCUUCCUCGUGUCUGCUUCCCCUCCUCCCUGUGCAAUCUUACUUCUGCCCAGUAGCGCUUCUCUUCGCGCCGCCAGUGUUUUUUUUUUUUUUUCUUCUUCUCUUUUCUUUUUUGUUGUCCUUCAAUUUGCGCGAGUAGCAAUGUCAGGCGUUGAGGACGGCAGCAAAAUGGCCAACAAUCAGACCAAUACUCAGGAUCAGGAGGAGAAGAAGCCGCUCGACGGUGCGGGGCAGCAUAUCAACCUCAAAGUUAAAGGACAGGAUGGAGGAGAGGUGUUCUUCCGGAUUAAGAGCACUGCAACGCUUCGGAAGCUGAUGAACGCGUACUGUGAUCGCCAAUCUGUGGAUCCCUCAUCUAUUGCGUUUCUUUUCGAUGGCAGACGCCUUCGAGCUGAUCAGACCCCUGCGGAGCUUGAAAUGGAAGAUGGAGAUGAGAUCGAUGCCAUGCUUCAUCAAACUGGUGGAAAUGCUUGCUGACUUGAAUGCCGAUGCAGGAGUUCGAACAUCGUGUACAAUAUAGGGGAGUGAUUUUUCAUCAAUUCAUAAAUGUUUUUCCAACGUAAAGCACAGCUGUCACUCCUAAUGGUCUUGUCUCACGAAUUACCUCAUGGGUGUUGUUUACCGAUCAGUUUUACUCCUGCUACUGGAGUGAAAAAACGUUGGUUCGUCGAAACGUAGAACCGUCUUGUCAUUGUUUGGAGUAUGUUGAGCGAUAGAUGCGGGGCAGAGAUCUUCUUCACUGGCCAUCUGGUUAGUUUGUGCGAGUUUCGCUCAUUAGUAAAUCCGCAACACUGCACUCUACAUGUUAGCUCUAGCAGGUGUGCUAGACUUCGUUUACCUUGAUCUAGAACAAAACUUUGAUGGUAAUUCUAUAUGUUCUCGCUUGUCUUGCAUUAGCGUUCAUGUUGUCUACAUUCCAGAUGUUCCUGUCUCGUGGUGGAUGAUCUUGUUGAGGCUGUUGUCGAUAAUAAAUAACGUCGCCAUGCUUCCAGUUAUCUUAAUUAGACUUUUAUAUGAAGCCCUGCAGUGGGCCGUAUAUUUCAA